UACUGUCAGCAUCGAGGGUGUGGUUCAAGUUUUCAACUGUCUUUGCUCGCGUAACAACUCGUCUCGUUUCGAAGGUUUUUAUUUCUCUUCGUACGCCGGUUCGACGUAUAGCGUGUACUUAACCGAGGUGUCACUGAAGGAAGGGGGUUCGUUAGAGAGGGUUCAGCUGUCGUAGUAAACGAUCGGCAGCCUCGUACUUCGAGUACAUCGGGGAUCCUAUUUCUCAAGGUCAUCUGGCACGCGCUGCCGCGCACUCCUGCUCACGUAGUGGGGGGGAAUCGGAUCAGUGAUAUGACCUUAGUGGGAACGAAGGAGGGGAACGUAUUACCCAUCAUGUUGAGCGUACAGCAACAGCAUCAUCACCAUAAUCUUCAUGGUUCUACGACCAGUGCUCAGACCCAUCGCGGCAAUGUGAUUGUUUCGACGAAUAGUAUGCCGACCAACGACAUCAAGAUCCAGCAGCACGGGUGUAAACGAUCGAAAAUCUACAGCCAGGCGACCGGGCCUUAUGGCACGGUUCCUCAUCAACCAGCUUCGGUGGCGAGGCGGAAUGCACGCGAACGGAAUCGUGUCAAGCAGGUGAACAACGGAUUCGCCACGUUGAGACAACACAUACCCCAAAGCGUGGCGCAAGCGCUCGGAGGAAGUACAGCCGGCACACACGGUGGAUCUAGAGCUGGCAGUAAAAAACUGUCGAAAGUAGAAACGCUCAGGAUGGCGGUCGAGUAUAUCAGGAGUCUUCAGCGGCUUCUCGAAGAGCACGACAGUGGUUCGGAUUUGACCAGCGUAUCGUCGCCCACCUCCUCACCGCCUUCUUCGACGUCCUCUGCCUCGUCCACGUGUAGUUCCAACAACGGUCUCGGAGUCGAAGCCAGUCAUCACUCGCCAGAGUUAAGACUUCGCAGGAAUGCUAACAACGAGAUCCGACAUCAUAAUUCCGACUUGCACCGACAUCAACAUUUGAGACAAAACCCUAGUCCAACUUUCGUGCCCGCACCCUGUUCCGAGGCUUCCAGUUCGCCGACACCGAGCUUUGUCUCCGAAGCGUCAUCGGCUGGCAGUCAAGGAUACGGGACUUCGGGAACCCUUUACAACACGCAUUCCGAUGGUUACGAUAAUUAUGAACCCAUGAGUCCAGAAGACGAGGAACUGUUGGACGUCAUCUCCUGGUGGCAACAGAGUCAAUGAAAGGACCGAUGUCUACGUCGGCUCCUCGUUGGUUCUUUCUUGUCUUCACAGAAUUCUCCUGAAGUAUGUUAGAAGAAGGGACCUAAGGGAGCCGGCAACCAGCGGCUGUUCUACUAACUGUGAUCUAGUCAUAUCAACAUUGUACACAUGUAACUUUAUGAAUCGACAAAGUCGCGUUUUGUUUUUGUCGAUAGUUGUGCUGGAGACAUUUGACGCGUAACUUGUCCAAAAAGUUUUCUAUUAUUGUUCUGUAAGGGUGUCGUAUCGACAUCCAGGUAUCCUCGAAGGAUACAGCAUUCCAGAGUGCCUUACAAGGAUUGUUGAUGUUUUAUCGAGUACUCGACAAAAUGUCGUGCAACUCGACAAACGUACAGUUCGCAUCGACAUUGAAAUCCUUGGUUAGUUUUAAGAGGACAUUAUGUUCCAGUAUCGUACGAGUAUUUGAAAGAACUGAUUUGUUGUAAAUUUUAUGAAUGUUAUCAUUGCAAAUAUUAAGGAUUCGCUUGAUGUCCCGCAAAGGAAUGUUUUAAAUAUUUAUAUCGAUUCAGUUAUUCGAACGAAUUCUCACGGACCGCAAGCUGUGGGUAUUGUUGUAAUAUAAUGAUUUGUAAUAUUAUUGUAAAUGGUUAUAUAUGUAUAUUGAACAGAAUCAAAGCAGAUGAACUUUUUAUCCGUUGAUACUCAAAAUUCGAAUAAAAUUGAACGGAAUUUUAUCGUGACGAUGCUUCUUGUAAAUAAAUA